AUGGGCGAAGCUAUGCCUCGUCAACUGGACACUCGCGUGUGUUAUCUGAAGUGGCCCGUGGUCCACAAGGAACGAGAAUGUUUUGCCCCUAAUGGAUCCUUGAGCAAUUGGAACUGCUUCGUGGUCGAGUAUGGUGUUCCGCCGCCACCACCCGGACAAGUUGUCGCCGCCAAGAGCACCUUUCAGUUCUAUGUUGUCAGUCGAGACGGCUCGGUGGAUCAAAAAGGAUUCGUGGUACCAAUCAACAGAACGCCUCAUCCUCUGCCCGCCGCCGAGGUUUACGGGUCGGAACUCGCGCUGCUCAAGGGAAAGACGGUCAAUGCGAACAAGCGCAUGCAGGCCCACGUGCGCAUCAGCGGCGGUGGCAAUCGUGACCAGUAUAAGGCAGACGGCCCUUACCCGGUCGAGCCGCCCAAGCACUGGGAGACGGUGAAGACCUUGUCUGCAAGCGAGAUCUGGGGUUUCCGCAUCGAGCUUGAAGUCGAAAGCGGGCCCGUCAACUCGCCGCAGUCCGGCGCGAGGCGGGUCAGUGUGUACGACAAGUUGCCGAACCCGGCGACCCUAUAUGACUCAGUGCAGAUGUGGUUCUCGCGCCCGGGUACAAGUACCGGUUCAUCAGUCAAUCUUUGCUUUCUGGAUGGUAUCAGCUCGCAAUAUGCUCCCUUGGAGGUGACGGAAAUCAAGUAUCUAAGCGACCACGAAGUCUACCCUGGGCAGGUGAUUGAGAGCCGCAUCCGCAUCAAGCUCCGUCCUCGCACCUUGGCUCGGGCCUAG